AUGGCAGCCCUCAGGAGGAAGCGGCUUGCCAUGAAAUCAUCAAAAGAAGCCGAAGGAUGCUCAACAGCAGUGGCAGGCAAAGGCCACUGCGUCAUGUACACUGCCGAUGGGACGCGGUUCGAGGUGCCAUUGGUGUACCUUGGAAAAACAGUCUUCAGUGAGCUCCUGAGGAUUUCUGGGGAGGAGUUUGGAUUCACAAGUGAUGAUGGAAGGAUCACAUUGCCUUGUGAUGCCACAGUGAUGGAGUACAUCUUGUGCUUGCUUAGAAGAAGUGCUUCGACAGAGGUUGAGAAUGCAUUGUUGAGCUCCAUGGCCAUACCAUCUCUUGGGAUAGCUAGCCACCAACAUACUGUCUGCAGCUACUGA